GUCAAAGAUUGACUUUGACAAUUCGUUCAGUGUUUGCAUAAUUUUGAGGUUAUUUGCUUGUAGGUUAUUUUUGUUAAAAAAAAGUAAAUUUAAAUACUCAAAAAAUGCCGUUCAUGAAAGGGAAAGCUCCUAUAAGGCGCACACUGAACUACUUAAACGCCGGCCGACUGGUAUUGAAGGAUAAAAUUAAGAUAUUCUCAGUGGCUUACAAUAUAAUUGGCCAAAACAAUCAGGGCGCCAAAGAUUUCGUAUUUUGGUAUUUGCCGCAAAUCCAGUACAAAAAUCCGGACGUGCAAGUAGCUACGUUGAAAAAUCUUACUCCUUCGCCAUUUAUCAAAUGUUAUUUUGAAGAUGGGAGGAAAAUUUUAGUCGAUGUCGACAAUAAGAGUAAAGAAGAUAUUUUGGAACAUCUAAUUAAAACUGUUGGUAAAUCGAAGGCUGUAUUAGAUCAAGAAGCGAUAGCCGCAGAAAAGAAGGAUAAUCCUGCAAACUUCGGUAUUGGUUGUGAGCGACCAUGCAUUUGUGAAAUUUACGGACAAGUUCCUUGUCCAGGAGUGGUACCGUUACCCAAGUUUAUGAGAGGGAAGUAUAGGAAUGCUACUGAUUAGAGUAAUUUAGUGUAGAUAUUGAAAAUGUUAAUGUUAAAGCAAUCUAACACGCAGAAGUUUGGAAGGGUGGGUAUUUUUGGGGGCUGUCAAAUGUAACUUUUAAAGUGCUGUUUUUCAGUCUACUUUCUGUUUUGAUUUUAUUUAAAGAAGCAUUUGCAUUUUUUUGAGGUAGCCCCAAAACUCCGUUCUGGAUUUGGGAUAUGUUAAAAAUGAGAGCAGAGUCAUGAAGUUUAUAAUUUCAAACUGUACAUUUAAAUAAUAACUAUGUGUAUAUUCGUUCUCUUAACAUUAACAUCUUCAACACUGUAAAAUAAUGUCGAUAAGCCAAUAGUUGUUUAGUUAUAAUUACAUAUUAAUAAAACAAUUUCAAAAAUAAA